UCGCAAUCUUGAUUUAGAAAACUUGAGUAGUAAAUAAACACGUAUUAUUCUUCGCUGCAGUUUAAUAUUUAAAAAGAUCGCCAUGCCGAAGGUAUCAAGCUCUAAAGCUGAUUUACUUAACAAAUGGAUAAAGAAUGCUAAACAUUUAUCCACUGAUGGAACAGUUGUAUACUAUAACGCCUGUUCAAAGCAAGUAUCCUCAAACCAGAAAUUUCAAAUCGAUCAACACCUUGCUACAGCCAUUCACAAGGAAAUGGAGAAACGAUUUAACGGGAAAGUGCAACAAACGUUUGUUUCAACUACAUGAUGUGGCAGCUCCCAACAAAACCAGGAUUCUAGAAAUGAAUUUUAUUUUGAUUUAUGCAACUCCAUGGCACAAUCAAACAUACCAUGGAAUAAAUUAGAACAACCGUCGUUCCGUAAAUUUUUAGAAAAAUAUUGUAACCGCCAUAUCCCAAAUGAAUCCACAUUGCGCAAAAACUAUUUGAAUAAAUACUACCAGGUACGUUUAGAAAAUAUUAGGGAAAAGUUAUGCAACACAAAUAUUUAUAUUCAAGUUGACGAAACAACAGAUGCAUGUGGUCGUUAUGUUGCCAAUAUACUUGUUGGUAUUUUAAACGAGUCUACCCCUCCAGUGUCUUAUUUAAUUAAUUCAGCAGCCUUAGAAAAAACAAAUCACUCGACCGUUGCACGUUUUAAUAAUGAUAGUUUAACCCUACUAUAUGCACCAAAUCCAGUUAAAUCAGAAAACGUAAAAUUGAUGCUUUCUGAUGCAGCCGUUUAUAUGAUCUAGGCUGGAAAAACUUUACUGGUAUUUUACCCGGAAUUAAUACACUUCACCUGUA